UGGCUGCUGAUGGGAAUGAACCCGUGCAGAUGAAAGUCCACAAAUCACUUAGAUUGUGGACUUUCUAUGUAGACUUGGAGGAAAGCCUGGGUACCUUGGAGUCAACUAGAUCAGUCUAUGAGAGAAUACUAGACUUACGAAUUGCCACACCGCAAAUCAUCAUAAACUAUGCCUUCCUUUUGGACGUAGACAUUUUUCUUAUGGUUUUAUCACCAUGUUCCUCACAUUCUUGCAUUUAAUAGUUUUGUGGACUGACUGAGAUUCUGAUCUUUAAACUUACGCAGGAAAACAAGUACUUUGAAGAUGCUUUUAAGGUCUAUGAAAGAGGUGUCAAGAUAUUUAAAUACCCACAUGUCAAGGACAUUUGGGUAACCUAUUUGCCCAAGUUCGUGAAAAGAUAUGGAAAGUCGAAGCUUGAAAGGGCUAGAGAACUGUUUGAGCAUGCUGUUGAAACGGUAUGCCAAUUAUCAUUCUUUUAGCUCUGUGUCUGAUAAUAAUUGUUCAUGACAUGUCACUUAGUUUUUCUUUUGAAAAUUAAUGGGAUUUAUUUUUGCAUAUAUGUAAAAGCUUUAGCCAAAACUUAUGUGCUAAUCUGUUCCACACUAAUCAUCUAGUUGAUCACGGCCCUGACCUGUAAUAGUUUUCUAUUGAAAUUGUGAGAGAUUUUAAUUUGGCAAAUAAAGUCCAACCUCACAAUCAGUAUUGAAGUCUGUGGUCUGGGUUGGGCUACCAAGCCAUGAUGCUAGCCUUUAAUUUUUGAAUCUUGUUUUACUUCCUAUUUUAUUAGUUUCUGCAACAAAUGAAUCAUCUCAAUCCUGUAGGCUGCACUGGUAAUUGCUGACUAUCAUCAUCUUGCUGCUCAUUAGCAUCAACCUGCAGCUCACUAUCAUCAUCUUGCUGCUCAUUAUCAUCAACCUGCUGCUCAUUAUCAUCAACUUGUUGCUCACUAUCAUCAUCUUGCUGCUCAUUAUCAUCAACCU